AGUUCAGUCUCGUGCGCAUUUGCAUAUGCAAUACAAUGAUGUAGAUUCACAUCAGAAAAAAACGUCAAGAGACCCAUGAUUGAUGCCAAUUUCCUUCUAAUGGCAUUUCCCGCCCAAUUUACUCUCUUUCUCAACUUUCAAAACGUCACUUAUACUUUGCAUGAUUGCUCAUUGUAGGACAUUCAUGUUGGUAAUGCAAGGGAACAGUUUUGUAGACUAGUCCCUAAACAGCCAGUCUCCUGGUGUCGUCAUUAAUGACGUAUCGGAAUGCAAAACAAGAUGGCGGCUACCAGGACGCUAGGACUCCACUUUGUCCACUAACUUGGAUUCCUUGUCAGUAUACACGGAAUUCUGGGAGUGCUUGUAUUUUUGAGAAUCGAAACCGCGGGUUAGAUAGGUAGGAUAGCUAUCUAGCGAGCUAACAAUCUGCGUGAAAUUAAGCCAGCAGCAUAGGCUGCGGCACACAAGUCUGUCCUUUCUGAGAUAAAUAAAGGCAUAAUGAGUUCAAAAUUAAAAUCUUUAACAUUUUUGAGUGGAUUUGUCUGUGGGGCGGCUGUGAGCACAGGCUCCUGUGUCGCUGGGAUCCAACUUUAUCUACAGAGGAGCGAAGAACACAAUGACAGACUUUCCGAACCCAACGACAGACCUGCCGAUCCAACAGAGAGCCAAGCCCAGCAAGAUAUAGGGCGGUACGGUUUACCCCUGACUGGAGCUGAGACCAGGUACUACGCCAACCACACUCUGUCCUAUGAUCAAGUGAGAAGAAUACCAAGAUGGGUCGCUGAACAUCUUUCAAACACCAAACUGCGUGGAGAAGCUAACAGAAAGCAUUGCAGAUUUCGGCCAGACCCCACCGUCCCACAGGCCUUCACAGCACACAACGAUGAUUACCUGGGCAGUGGGUGGUCAAGGGGACAUAUGGCACCAGCGGGGGACAACAAAGCCUCUACGCAAUCCAUGACUGAAACCUUCUACCUCUCGAACAUUGUGCCGCAGAACUAUGAAAAUAAUGCUGGCUUUUGGAAUAGAUUGGAGAUGUACUGCAGGGACCUAACCAAGAGGUUUGAAGAUGUGUGGGUUGUGUCCGGGCCUCUUGUGCUUCCUGAAGUAGGAGAUGAUGGCAAAAAGACUGCAUCGUAUCAGCUCAUUGGUAAAGACGACGUCGCCGUCCCUACACAUCUCUUCAAAGUCAUCCUUGCCCGAAGGACCCCUUCAUCAGACACUCUGGCACUGGGUGCCUUUGUGGUGCCUAAUCACCCUAUUGGGUUUGAUCAUUCUCUGGCGGAGUAUGGGGUCAGCCUGUCUGACCUGGAGAGGAUGUCUGGCCUUUCCUUCUUCCCCGAAGUGGACCCCACCUUGACUCUGGGAAACCUCUGUGAGCUGGACUCGUGUCACCUCAUGGACUUCAAAGAGUUCACCCUCUACAUCACGGGCCGCAAGGUAGGCGGUGCCAGGAGUUCAGAGAAGCUGGAGAAAACCAUGGCGGAGCUGAAGGAGAUGGGGAUCGUUCCGGACGACUACCUUCUGAAACUCUACCAACGAAAGAAGGAAGAGCUCAGGCAAAAGGAGACACCGGAGGGCAAGAUGGGAAACUGAUUACUGCUCAGAGGCCUUUACUGUGUUUUAGAGGUGACUGCAUUAUCACCCAGCAAGUAUUUGGCCAUCAAAUGAAAAUAGUGAUUAUGAUACAAGCUGAUAUUUGAUCACACUGGUUGCAGUGACUGCAAAUUAUUCGUUACAAUUGAAACCUCCAAUAAGAGUAUUUUUUAUGAAAACUGAUAACUUUAAACAAAGCAAAGUUUUUAAUUGUGCCAAUGUACAGUGUAAGCAUUAAAGUUGCCUCUGCUUGUUGUUA